CAUAUCUGAAGCCAAUGAAUCUGGAGAAAUGGCAACAGCUUGUUGUUAUGGGUCUGCAGGGGGCAGAAAAGGACUCCUGAUUACUGUUCAGUCUAUUAAAGUCAGACAUUAGGAGGUCAGCAGAAGUUCAAACAGGAAGAUUUUACUCCUCACUUCUAUUUACACUCUAGCUCUUUCACUGUUCCCUCUCCUCACGACUAUCCAAUCAGUGAAUCAUUGAUUUGAAUUAUCCAGUCAGUAAAAUUCCUUAAGAAUUACUGGAGGGAUUCCCAUGGAUGUUUGAAUAAACAUUCAAGACAAUUUACAAUGUUUACUUGUUGUUUUGUGUUAACUAGCAAAGAUUAACAUGCCCCUUUUUACCCAGAGUACGUCUACCUGACAGACGUGGUUGUAACACUGAAGUCGAGGCCCGCUUAAAACCAGAAAUAAUCUACGCAGGAAGAGGAAGUUCUCAACUGCACUGUGCUGCAUUUAGCCUUGAUUCAGUCUGCCGCUCAGUCAGCAGCGAGGCAGCAUGGAGGUUACAGCUCUCUGCAUCAGACUGUUGGUGAGUCUGUUGAUGCUGCUGGUUGCACAUGUUCAGCCAAGUUACUCUCAGAAAUCUGCGUCAGAUGGAGCUGUUCGUAUCGUUCCAACCAGACUGCAGACCUUUGAAUACGAGUCCGUCUCAUUUACCUGUUUUGGGGUAAAUGUCUCGGCUGGAUGGUCAGUGAGGAAUGCCAAGGAAUUCUUGAAAGCAUGUUCAAAUGUCGAUAUGACGUCAACCUUGAACUGCACCAUUGGCUAUCCAUAUAAAUCAGACAGUGGAGAAUACUGGUGUGAAGGUGGGGGAGGAGCGAGAAGCAACACUGUCAACAUCACUGUCACUGCUGGUUCUGUGAUUCUGGAGAGUCCUGUCCUGCCCGUGAUGGAGGGGGAAGAUGUGACUCUGAGCUGCACGAAGAAGAAGACUUCUUCCAACCUGCCAGCUGAUUUCUAUAAAGAUGGCCUCCGUGUUGGGAGCAGUUCUACAGGAGAGAUGAUUAUCCACAGAGUUUCCAAGUCUGAUGAAGGAAACUACAAGUGCAACAUCUCUGGAGCUGGAGACUCACCAGAGAGCUGGCUGCAUGUGAGAGAUGGUUCUGUGAUCCUGGACAGUCCUGAUGUUCCUGUGAAGGAGGGAGACCCCAUGACUCUGCGCUGUAGAAACAAGAAUACUUCCUCCAACCUCAAAGCAGAUUUCUACAAAAAUGGCCGCCUCUUCAGGAGCAGCUCUACAGGAGAGCUGACCAUACACAGUGUUUCCAAGUCUGAUGAAGGACUCUACAAAUGCAGAAUAUCUGGAACUGGAGAAUCACCAGGGAGACAGCUGUCUGUCAAAGAGGAGAGCCCAACGUAUGAUGGCUCAGAGAAAAAAAGUGAGGACUCAAACGCAGAGCGCACAGACAGAACAGUUUCUAAACAGAUUUAUUUUUCCCGCCAUUACUUCGUCCUGCUGUGGAUCGUCAUCAUUGUCGUGUUGGUGCUGCAGCUGCUGGUUAUUGGACUUCUAUACCGGAAGAAACAGCUAGUUUUACUUGAAGCAAGGAUGAAUGAUCCAAACAAGGACCUGCAUGAUGUCAUCAGAAAAGACAAGAAAAAAGAAGGUGCUGCAGACGCUGCUGAUAAUUUGAGCCUGUAUCGUGACACAAACCACGGCACAAAACCACAGACAGAAAAAGGUCAGGAGGAAUCUUUGUCUCAGUCUUUGAACUCCUCUUUCAGCGACGAUGACACUUCACAAGCUCUACAAAAUGAAUCAGAUGAUCCACCUUUAACAGAUUCAGAUGCCCAAUAUGCUUCCAUCGAUACAGUAUGACACCGUUGAUACUGCUACAAUCAAAAUUAACUUUGAUAUUAAAGUGACAAGUAAAUGUACCUGGUGGUAUAAAGAAAAUACUGGAAAUUGUAGUGCAUGUGGUCACUUGUGAUGAAGCGUUGAUUGCUGGUAUUUACAAUAUUAUUUUAUCCAUGUAUCCAUGUACCUGUGUGUGUCGCAGACCAUGGAGGAAGAAUCUCCAUACUGAAGGAGAUGCUUACAUCACACUGUGCGAGGAAGUUGUUGCAGUAGUCCAUAAAGCUUUGCUUUUAAUAUUUAGUACUUUAUUUGGCAGUUUGCCACAUGUGAUCAGAUUAAUAUUACAUAUAGUCAGUAAAUUUAACAAGAAUACAGUGUGCUGUCGUUCAAUUUCAUUCAAAGCCGAGUACAACUUUUGUCGCGGUUUUUGUUUGUAUUUCCUGUAUGUUUCUCGUUUCAUCUGAGUCUUCUCUAUGUCAAG